AAUUUUUUUUCCCCACUUUCUCUCUCUAAAACCCCCCCUUCAAAUCUCUCUCUCAUUAACAUUCUCACCGUCACGCACCCUCCGUUCCAUUAAAUCUCAACAACACGCGCCGCCGCCGCCGUAGUGUUUUACAGUGACCGGAAAACGAAAUCAUUAGCUAACAAUGGGACAACAGUCGUUGAUCUACAGUUUUGUAGCUAGAGGAACUGUGGUUUUAGCUGAAUAUACGGAAUUCACCGGUAAUUUCACUUUAAUUGCUGGUCAAUGUCUCCAGAAGCUUCCGGCGACUAACAACAAGUUCACGUACAACUGCGAUGGCCAUACGUUUAACUACCUUGUUGAAGAAGGAUUCACAUACUGUGUUGUUGCGGUUGAAUCCGUUGGUAGACAGAUUCCCAUUGCUUUUCUUGAGCGCAUCAAGGAGGACUUUACCAAGAAAUAUGGUGGUGGGAAAGCUGCAACAGCUACUGCCAACAGUCUCAACAAAGAAUUUGGCUCCAAGCUGAAGGAACAGAUGCAGUAUUGUGUGGAUCAUCCAGAAGAGAUCAGUAAGCUUUCAAAGGUGAAAGCUCAGGUUUCAGAAGUCAAAGGGGUCAUGAUGGAAAACAUUGAGAAGGUUCUUGAUCGUGGCGAGAAGAUUGAGAUUCUGGUGAAUAAAACAGAGAACCUUCGCGAUCAGGCACAAGAUUUUAGGACACAGGGGACUCAGAUGAGAAGGAAGAUGUGGUUGCAAAAUAUGAAGAUAAAGUUGAUCGUCCUGGGAAUCAUUAUCGCCUUGAUUCUGAUCAUAGUUCUAUCUGUUUGUGGCGGCUUCAACUGUGGCAAGUGAUGCUUGUUCAUGAAUUAGAAAACACUGUUCCUACGAUGAUUGGUUAUUUCAUUAUAUUUUUUUCUUUACUAAUAUAUUUCUUCUUUUUGUCUGGAUGGAAUUUUUCAUGAAUUAUAAUAUUUUGAGAUGUUUGUAUAGCUUGUAGCUGUAUGUACUUUUUGGUAUACAUAUCAGGAACACUUUUGAA